AUGCUCAAAGCAACCUUCAUCCUCGCGCUGGUCGCCUCCGCCUCGGCCUAUGACGCGUUCGGCGACAACGCCUACCCCGCUGCUGGUGGAGGCCGGCACCACGCUCAGUUGCGCGAGCCAGCAGCUGCCGGGCUCGGCAUCUGGGACGAGGGGAACGACUUUGGACUCGGUCUUCGCUACGCCACCGGCCACUCGGCACCACCACCACCACCACCACAACCUGCCGCUCCACACGCCGCCUCCACCGACGGCAACGUCCAGUGGGGUCGCGCGCGCGCAUGCGCCGGUAGCCUGCUGGCACUGUUGACUGGGAACCCGAUCACGCUCAACGAGUGUAUGUCGCCCUCGCGCCCCGCGCCAAGAAGGCAACGGGUGUGCGAGGCGGGCCUGGAGGGAUGCGGGGCGCUGUGUAUCGACCCAACAGUGACGAGCUGCGAGCUAGAGGCCGACAUGCUCGUGCCUGCCCCGAAGCGUGGGCGCAAGAGCGGGCUCGACGCCUGCCCCCGCGGCCACAAGGUGUGCACCCUCCGCACACUCGACAUCGGCUGCGUCGAUACCUCGUCCGACGUGGGCGCGUGCGGCGGCUGUCCCGAGGUCGACGGCGUCGACUGCACCGGCAUCGAGGGCGUGCUGGACACCGAGUGCGCCGCGGGCCAGUGCCGCGCGCUGAGCUGCCUCGACGGGUGGGAGCUCGCGGGCGACGAGUGUGUCUACCUCGGCCCCUUGUAG